CCCACAGACCCAGCUAACUAAAAAUAACACUUCAGAAAAUAUGAAUCCCAGGCUACUUUUGUGUCUGUGCUGCUGUUCUUCAUGAUCUAUUGAAGAAAAUCAACAAACUUAUUUAAAACCUUUAAUCUCAAUCUGUGUCUCUGUUCAUCAUGUGUGUUUGCAGAUGCAGAUGCAGUGGAGUCAGUGUCAGUGCUGGAGGGAGCUUCAGUCGCUCUAAACUCUGGUUUUACUGAAAUGAUGGAUGAUGAUCUGAUUCUGUGGAGGUUUGGAGCUGAAAACACUUCAAUAGCUCAAAUCAAUGUAAUGGCCGGCAGCAUCACUGUAUAUGAUGAUGUUCUUGAUGAGAGAUUCAGAGACAGACUGAAGCUGGACGAUCAAACUGGAUCUCUGAUCAUCACAAACACCAGAACUGAACACACUGGACUCUAUAAACUACAGACAAACAGCGUGAGCAAGAGCUUCAGUCUCACUGUCUAUGCUCGUCUGCCUGUUCCUGUCAUCAGCAGAGACUGUUCUUCAUCAUCAUCUUCAUAUUUUUCAUUGUUGUGUUCAGCAGUGAAUGUAAGUCAUGUGACUCUCUCCUGGUACAAAGGAAACAGUUUAUUGUCCAGCAUCAGUGUGUCUGAUCUCAGCAUCAGUCUCUCUCUACCUCUGGAGGUGGAAUAUCAGGAUAACAACACCUACAGCUGUGUGCUCAACAAUCCCAUCAGCAACCAGACGAGACAUCUGGACAUCAGUCAACUCUGUCACACAUGUGCAGAAGUUCACAUCAGUUGUUGUGCUACUGUUGAAGCUGUGAUCCGAUUGGUCGUCACUGCUCUGAUGGGCGUGGCUGCUGCAGCUGCUGCUGUUCUUCUGGUCAAUGAUGUCAGAUCUACAAGAGCUUAAAAGAAAACAGAACAGAUAUCAAAAAUAUUGACAUAUUGGAGUUUUAAUAGUAAAAAUUAAAAUAUGUGUGGUCUAAUUGUUUAGUGAUGGCAAAACGAAGCUUUGCCCUCCAUCUAGUGGCCAAAAUGAUGAAUAUUCUUUUAAUAUUUAAUUUUUUAAUGCCAUCCAUUUUACACUUCUUUGUUUUCAUUUUUCCCCUGCUAUUUUCAUUUUGUUUCAUUACUAUAUGCAGCAACCCCACAAAUUGAAAACUGAAUAUUACAUACUGAAAAGAUGAACGAUCUAUGAAUCAUAUAUUAAAGGGGUGUCAUAAUAAAGAUAUAAAACAGCAUUAAACAGCAUAUUUAAAAAACACAUAGACAAUGUAAAUGGAAAUAUUUUAUAUACCUGUAAAUUCUGAAGAUUUUGGAAAGAUUAGUUUGGAAAGAUUUUGAAAUCUAAAUUAAGUAAAUUUUAAAUAUAUGUGUCAUCCGAAUAUUUAUUUAAUUUUAUAUUUAUUUAUGUUUGCACAAAGAAACAAUAAGGUUCAAAGUCACUUUCCACAACCGUAUCCUGCUCUGUUGAGCUGUGGUGGAACAAGGAUCCUUCAUCUUAUUAUAACUCAAGUGCUUGUGAUGCUCAUCUGCUGAUCUGAAUAAAAACAUCAUACAUUUUCCUAAAUGAGUCAUGGAUAGUUGAGCGCAUAUGUCAUAUAUGUGUACAUUCAUACAAAUAAGUAUUUCACAGAUUGAUGAAUAUCACCCCUUCAAAGGGGUGGGAAAAUUAGUUGAUCAAUGGAUUGAAAGUUUCUCCAAUUGACUGUUUGUCCACCAGGAGGCACUCAGACUUUUGUCUCAUUGGACACGUGAUUUAAAUGCUCAGAUUCAGCAAGAUAUAAAGACUACAAUAAAAUGCCAGAGAUCUCAUUAUUAACUCAAACAUUUCUCAUCAAAACCAAAUUUCACAGGCUGCUGGUCUCAUAAACAUUUACUGUUUGACUUCUUGUAGCAACAUUGGGGAAAAAAAUAAAUGCAGUUCACUGAAUGUAAUGUGAGCAGCUCAGUUUGAGUCGAGUUAAACCUGCUGUGGUCUGAUGUAUCUUCAUCUAAUGUGGUCUGAUCUGUUGGUGGACGAACAGCUCCUGCAUCAGUGUGUCUAUUAUGAGAUGAACGCAGUCAGUGUAUCUGUCAGUAGUUUGUGGCUGAAGCAUUUCUUUAUUUUCUCUCCUGUUAAUAUGAACCAAACAUUCUGACUUCUGUUCCAUAUAAAACAUAUUUACAGUUAAAUAAAAUUAAUCCAACAGUCAAUUAAGAGUCAGAAGUCAAACAAGACAUCAUGAAUAAUUAAUAAACUACACAGAUUGACAUCUGAUUGUCUCACAACCCAGCUAACAAAUUUAUGUUCUGAGAACGUUUUUGUAACGUUCUGUUUUGGUUGUGGGAACGUUAUUUGGAAUGUUCCAAAAAUGUGGAAAUGUCCAGUUUGCGUUACGUUGCUAGAACGUUAUUUGAUGGUUAGCAUAACGUUCCUACAACGUUCUUGCAACCUACAUUUCACUAAAAAUAUAACGUUCUAUGAACGUUUAUUUGGAACAUUCCAAGAACGUUAAAAUGUCCAGUU